UUCCAGAGCUUGUUUUAUUCCUCAGCAGCCUUUCUACAGACUGCUGGAUUCAGUCACAGUUGGAAAUUGUGAAACUGUGGUUUGUUUCAGAAAGAGAAGAAAGAAGAGUUUAAGUAUCGCUUCAGCAGCAGAUAGCUUUGCUUUGGAUUCUUUUAUACACAAAGGAGAUGUGUUUGCUGGCUUUGUAAUUAACUCAAAAAGGGAAAAGAAAAGUUGUUAAGGGCAGUGUGGAUAUGACUUGAAUUUUUCAUCAGUAUCUUCCAGAUUUCAUCUAUGCAAUACUUUGGAACUUAAUAAACAGACGAUGUUGGCAACCAAAACAUUUACUGGUCACUUUGGAGGGAUGGGACUAUGCGUCUUUAACAUAGGCUCUCAACACUAUGGUAUUUAUUAUUAGGGGUGAAGAAUGACCUCCUUCCAGCUAGUUUUCCAAUAGUUCCUACUUCAAAAAGGAAUUAAGGUUGGAAACAACCUCUUUCUGGCCAGAAAGUUGGUGAGCCUUUGAUUUAAGAUUAACUUUUUAACUUGGUGAUAAAUUCAAACCCAUCAAGAUCUUCUGCUGAACCUAAUUCUUCCCAUUAGUAUUAAUUUCAUAACAGAAUUGUACUAAUAUCAGAUUUUUGCUUAACACCAGUUUAAGUUAGAACUGAAAGAACAAUCAACUCCGUGUCUCUUGAGUACGUUGCACUUAACCACAGAAAAUUUGGGGGGUGUCAUUUGUCAAACUUGUACAACAGUGAACGGCGUGUAGGGAAAUGAGACAACCUUUGGCAACUACUGAUAUGGAAAUAAUUGUGUGUAUCGCUACGAUGUGAUCUUUGUUUGGUUUACAUUUUUCUCAGAUUAGAUUGAGGAAAACGGACAUGCUAUCUUUAAUGUAUAAGCAGAACAGGAAACUCCCUUAAAGAUGUCAUUCAUAGAGGUGUUGAAUAUCACUUAAGCUCAAGCACACAUAAUUUUGCUUAAGCCAGAAGAAUUUGGUGUAUUAGCUCACAUUGCUUUGUAGUUCUAGAGAAAAUCUAAGUGCGAUGCCUAAGCUAGCAAUGUGAUGGCAGGACCCUAUUCUUCUUUUUUGAUAAUAAAAAAGCAACAGAUUAUCCUCAUUGGAAUUCCUUAAACCUUGCUAAAUCUUUGGCUGAGACAGAUCUUAAAAUAUUUCAUUUUGAAAAGAGAAGUUUAUCCACAGUUGGUAAAAGAGGAUUUGUAUGAAAAUGUUCAUACAAGUUUAAUCUGAGCUAUCACUGCUAUUUCUUAUACAUCACAAUCAGCUACAGGUCUGUAACACUGUCAGUGCAGAACCUCAGAAAGGUAGCAUCAACCUCCACCCAGAUAUAUAUAUAUAUACACAAAACCACUAAUACUCAACCACUGGCUUUUCCAGUGCUGGAAUUAAUUAUAUUAGACUUGCUCAAAACUUCAACGAUAGACUCAUAGUAAUCAUUGCCUUGGAAAGCUCCAUACAACGUAUAUUCUAAAUAAUACUAGGUUUUGUCCAUAGGUUGGGAGAUGCUUCACAAUGGAUAAAGCCAUUCAGCAUCCCAGUGAGAUUCUGUCUAAUCAAACUAUCUCUAACAUUAGCUAUUCUCAGUUUUUGAACUUUGAUACAUGCCAAUCUUCCUUCCUUGCAGAAUUCUUGCUUAUUACAGCCUACACAUUAGUUACAAUAGUGGGGCUUUUUGGAAAUCUUUGCCUGAUUAUUAUAAUAAAGAGACGGAAAGAAGCUCAAAAUGUUACCAAUGUUUUGAUUGCCAACCUCUCUCUAUCAGAUGUCUUGAUCUGUAUCGUGUGUAUUCCUGUCACAGUUGCAUAUACCUUAAUGGACUACUGGAUAUUUGGGGAAGCUAUGUGUAAAAUAAGUUCUUUCAUACAAAGUAUAUCUGUCACGGUCUCCAUUUUCUCACUUGUACUGAUUGCUAUUGAGAGAUACCAGUUAAUUGUGAACCCACGUGGCUGGAAGCCUAAUAUUUCACAUGCUUACUGGGGAAUUCUUUUCAUCUGGGGCUUUUCCCUCAUAAUAUCCAUUCCUUUUUUAAUCUUUCACCAAUUAACUGAUGAACCCUUCAAACAUCUGUCUUUCCACAGUGAUUUCUACAAGAACAAGGUUGCUUGCAUCGAAGCAUGGCCAUCUGUUACAGAACGACUGAUUUUUACCACUAGUCUGCUGGUUUUCCAGUACUGCUUCCCACUGGGGUUUAUUUUUAUCUGCUAUCUCAGGAUAUUUGUAUGUCUUCGAAGGAGACAUGGUAAAACAGACAGAAUGAGAGAGAAUGAGAGCAGACUGAGUGAAAACAAAAGGAUUAAUAUCAUGUUGAUAUCAAUUGUUGUGACUUUUGCAGCUUGCUGGUUGCCUCUCAAUAUAUUCAAUGUUAUUUUUGACUGGAACUAUGAGGCACUAAUGAGCUGCAAUCAUAAUCUGGCAUUUACAAUAUGCCACCUUGUGGCCAUGAUCUCAACAUGUAUCAAUCCCAUCUUUUAUGGAUUUCUCAACAAGAAUUUUCAGAAGGAUUUGAUAGUAUUAGUUCACCACUGCAGAUGCUCAGCAUCACAAGAGGAGUAUGAAAAUAUUGCCCUUUCAAAUCUGCAAACUGAUGCAUCUAAGGGAUCUUUGAAAUUAAAUAAUCCCCCUGUGGAUAUCUAAAGUAAUCCAACAGCAGUUUCCAAAAUUUUCUAUUUUGUUGCAGAUGACCUCUUUCUGUAGGUCUUGAUCAUGUUACUGCUGAGUUUAGAGGAAGUCUUUGCCAUUUAGCUCGGCAAAAAAAACAGGAGUAUGCUCCCAUAGGCAUACUCUUAACAGGUACCUUAUGAUAGUAUUAAUGCUAAUAAACUGCUUCCAAGAGUCCUAAAUAUCAAUAAUAAUGAAUUAUAAACAGUAUUAACAUCUUACUUUUUUAAUCCACAGUUUCCAAAUCACUGGCAUACUACCUUAGCACCAAUAAAAAUAUUUCCAUUUCAGCCACUGAUGCAGUUGUCCUUCCUAAACACCUGGCUUCACCCAAGUAAACCGUGAAUACUAUGGCAUUCCUAACUUCAUCAGCCUUUUCACGGACGGUUUUCUGACCUUUUAAUUUUCCAAUACUACAUUGUUCCCACCUCUGGUUAAUCUGCACAACAGUUUAUAGGCAGUUCAUACUGCAAGGAAGGCCCUUUAAGUUAUCAUAAGCCUCCACCACCUUCCUUUCAGCCCCAGCAUGCAGUUUGCUUUGGUUUAGUACCAGUUCAGCCUAGAAAUUGUAUUUUAAUAAGGGAAAAGGCUAAAGUGCAAAUUUCUUUGGGGUUUGUUGUUGUUGUUGUUGUUUAAAUGAGCACUAAUACAGGCACCAUUUGAUGUACUGAAAAUUCCACUCAGAUUUAUGCUGUUCAAGAUGAAAUACGUAUUUAGCAUUUAUCCUAAAAGCAUUGUAUUGUACUCCAAACCACCAGUAGAGAUUAUUGCUUUUUCUGUUACCAUCAUUACUGGUCCUUAAAACAGACCUUUUAGAUUCUCCAUUAUCGAACAAACACACUAUGAAUUCAGAGUAAAUUUUGCUUUAGCUACUUAUCCAGGUUAUAAGUUCCUCUUUGAGUAGAAAAUUAAGUUUGCAUUUUAAUUUCAGAAAUAUCUUUCCCCACAUUUCUGCACUAGCAAGAGGCCACACUUGAGGUGGAUGUGAUCAUUUCUGUUGGACUGUGUUUGAAAAUAGUUUCUUUUGUGACACAGCGCAUAGAAGCCUAAAGGUGUAACACUGAACACAUCUUUUCUCAAACAAAAACAUUUUAAAAAACAUUUUCCAGUUUGGCCAUAAGAAAAUAACCGAACAUAUUCUUCAUCCAUGCUACAGUGCCAAUAUAAGUAAUCAGUUAAUAUUGGGCUGUUUAAAUACAAUACUUAGAACACUUUAGUCCAGCAACUUACAAUGCUUUCUCUUGUUCAACUUAAAUACAAUUAAUUGCCUGUAUUGCUAAAGCCCCUUCUUUUUUUUUUUUUUUUUUUAGUUCCAAAAAUCAUCCUUCUUUUAACACUGGUACAUAAAAUUCCUUGUAAUUUAUUCUCUAACUUCAGCAAUUUACCGAUGACCCACUUAAG